AUGGCUCUGCGCGUCCAUGUAGCGCUGCUUAGCGGGCGCCACGCUGCAGUGGACGCUCAGGCAUUCACGCAGAUCGGCUCCGUCAAGUGGCAAGCGUCUGCGGCCUUAGGUGCCAGGGUCGCUGCCCUUGCGACAGCCUGCGGAUUGGUCCUCCAUGAAGGCGACAGCCUGCAGGAGGCUCAUGUGAAGGAUGGGGAUACUCUGUUCGCCGUGGUGGGUCAAACUCAGGUACUUAUGUCCCGAGGAGCCGGUGCAAAGCUCCUGGGUGAUGGCUCCGUGGAGACGUGGGGUCGGCCUGACCAAGGUGGAGACUGCCAGGCUGUCAAG